AUAAUAAUAUCCUUUCUUACUCAAAGAUACAAAAGAGGAAAAAGGAAAGAGAAUUAUAAGAGAGACAGAGUGAACAGGACAGUUUUGCAUUAUUUUCUUGUAAUGGAAGGAGAAGAUGAUUUAUUUUUUGCAGAUUUGAGCAAGCAAAUCUCUCUUUUAAUAAUGGAUGAUAAUGAACAUGAAAACUCUUCAGUUUAUCGCUCUUCUGCUGACUCUGUUCAGGCCUUUUCACAUGUAAUGCAUCCAGCUACAAGAGCACCUUAUGUAAAUGAGCAGAAUAAUAGAAGAGAAACUAGCAAAGGAACUGGAGUUUUCAUCCCUCUUUCUUCACAACCAAGAAGAAAAAACAGGCAAGCAAGACAUUUUUCAUCCAAUACCAAGACUCAAGGAGACACUCAAAGAGAACUUAGUCAAGUCCCUUAUAACACUAUUAACCCACCUCAUUAUAGUUCACUAAAUCCUAGUAGAAGAUUUUCUUAAAUCGUGUUUAAGAUUCAAGACUUAAUUAUUAUAACUUAAAUAAAUGAGUUAAUUAACUACUAGAAUUUAUUGUCUGGGUGUAUUAUGUACAAAGGGAAUCCUUCUUUUGCAUUUUGCAGUAUAUUUUAGAGAGGUACAGCCUAAGGUAUAUAAGUGCCUCUCUUUAAUUAUAGUGGGAUUUUACGAUUGUUUUAAAGCUUGAUAUUGUGUAAUCCUCUCAUGUUUAAUUAGAUGUAAUUGAUUCCAUUGUAAUUUUUUGGCCCCCUAUGUAUUUUUCGUGACAAAGUAAUAAAAUCUUCUAGUAAGGCUUGUGUACACUUACUAUAUAUUAAGAAA